AUGGAAGUGAGAAUGAAGGAUGUGAUCCACGAUAACCUGGAACAAAUUCAUGGCGCCGUCGUUGAUCCGCCAACACUCUGUCUGGAUAUAAUAGAGAACGACGACAUCAUGUUGGACAAUAACUUCAAGUACAGCUUUCUAAUGGACCUUGUGUCGGGAAUGGAAUACUUGCACAAGAGCCACCUUCAGUCUCAUGGCAACCUGAAGGAGCGGUUGUUCGUUACACACACACGUCGACCAACUGUCUCGUCGAUCAUCGCUGGCUGCUCAACGAUAGCCGACUACGGACUACCAAGCUUCCUCGGCUGGAACAGAAGCAAAGAAAGAGCAAUGAUAGAGAGAACGACGGAGUUUCUGGAUCACCAGACAAAGGGUGGUCAGCACCAUAAAGCGGCCUCAAACAUAACUGAAUACCAGGCCAACCGACUGUACGCCGGGAAACAAUGGACGGCUCCGGAAAUCCUGCGGGAGAAUUUCCCGCCGCCGCGCGGUACACAAAGGGGCGAUGUGUACAGUUUCGCUAUCAUCAUGUAUGAACUAAUCUUUCGCUGUCCGCCGUACAACUUUGACGUAAUCACGCCCAGGGACGCCAUCAGUAGGAUUCGUAACGGAGAGGCGAAGCCGUUCCGUCCGACGCUCACCGACAUGACCGUGGUAGCUGACUCGCUGAAGCUUGGGAAACCAGUGCCGCCGGAGCAGUACGAUUCCGUCUCCAUCUACUUCAGCGACAUAGUGGGCUUCACGACCAUCGCGUCUGACUCAUCUCCCCUGCAGAUUGUCGACUUUCUCAAUGACCUGUACUCGGUCUUCGACGACAUCAUAUCACAGCAUGACGUCUACAAAGUGGAAACUAUAGGCGACGCUUACAUGGUAGUCUCCGGCCUGCCGCAGCGCAACGGCAAGGUGCACCUGAGAGAGAUCGCCAACUGUUCGCUGGACCUUCUCAGCUCGGUGACCAAUUUCAAGAUACGACAUCGCCCGCAGCAGCAGCUGCGGCUCAGAAUCGGUCUACACACGGGCUCCUGUGUCGCCGGUGUCGUGGGUCUGACGAUGCCUCGCUACUGCUUGUUUGGCUCUAGCGUAAAUCACACAGUGCUGAUGGAGUCCUCUGGCAAACCUCUACGCAUUCAUAUCAGCCAAGAGUUCUACAACGGACUCCGGCAGUUCGAUCAGGGAGGAUACGAGGUCAAAAAGCGAGGAGAAAUGAACGUCAAGGGCCCUUUCUUCCCAUACAGCCAAUAG